CUGCAGCACUGUUUGGAAAUUCUGCUGGGUUUCUUGAUGCCAUAUGGGCUGAUCAUUAGCAGUUACGUGUGUAUCCUGCGAAGAAUUCGCAAGACUCGGUUUCGUAGGCACAUCCGAAGUGAGAAACUCAUCCUGGUGAUUGUCAUCACCUUCGGCUUGACCUGGCUUCCUUUCCACACCAUGAAUAUGGUGGAGGUGUGUGUGCACAACUCAGAAGAUAAUGGGGGAAAAACUAAUGGGAAAUCAUGAAAUUUAUCUUUUUGUGUUUAGAACAAAUUUGUCUAAUAACAUUUUACACAUAUUUAUAAUAUUUUUAUUUUACAAAGUAGAUACCUUAAAAUGAGAUCAUGUUUGAUCAUGACUUUCCUGCACAGAUUGCUGGAACUUUUCUCCCAGAAGAUUCCCAAGCAAAAGCCAGACUACAGAAAAUCUGGUUAUCAUUCCGAGGCUUCAGCUCCAUUAUCACCUUUAUCAGCAGCUGCAUAAACCCUGUUCUCUACACCUUUGCUGGAAAGUCAUACAUUAAACGUGAAGGCCUGGCCUUCAUGGCACGGCUCUUUGAGGGCUCAAGGAUCGAGUCCAUGCGGAAGAACCGGCAGAAUCAGAGAAAUCAGGAUCAAGAGAAGAAAGAAGAGGUUGAUCAUCUAAGAGACAGAGUCUGAUUUCACCACUAUUGCUAAUACUUGACCACUAAAGUAGAGAAAUAGGAAGGGUCCGCAGUCUUGUUGGCCUAGUUUAUGGGUCUUAUUAUGGUCAUUUUUCUUUAUGCAUUGUAUAGGUUAGACUAAAUGAUGCUAUUACUGGGAAACAAAAGGAAAAGAUUUAUUAAGUGGAAGUAUAGAACCUCUUUCUUUAAACCAUUUAUGGCUCAGGUGUCCAAAUGCUUUUUGGAAUCACUGCAAACCUCUAAGAUUUGUUUCGGGUCUUUAUCCAGUAGAUGGCGCCACACAGCAGAGAAACAAAUUUUUCCAGUGCCGCACCAUGAUGUUUUGGGGUGAUGUGCAGUGCCAUUUGACCUCCAAACAUGGUGUGUAUUAUGCCAUCCAAAGAGUACAAUUUUUGUCUCAUCUCACCAGACUAUAUUCUCCCAGUAUUUCACAGGCUUGUCUAAAUGUUGUGCAGCAAACGAGCUUCACCAUGCUUUUUGUAUUACUUACUUAUUGUACUUAUAAUUUUCUUUGAAACAACUGUUCAUGCUAAUUCCAGGUCUUUCUAAAGCUCUCCAAAAGUGAUCCUUGGCUCUUGGACAACUCUUCUGAUAAUUCUUUUCACUGCUCUGUCAGAAUUCUUGGGAGGAGCACCUGGUUGUGGCCGAUUUAUGAUGAAAUUAUGUUCUUUCCCCUUCCGUAUUAUGGACCCAAGAGUGCUCACUGGAACAUUCAGGAGUAUAGAAAUCCUUCUCUAACCAAUGCCAUCAGUAUGUUUAGCAAAAAUGAGAUUGCAAAGGUCUUGAGAAAGAUCUUUGCUUUACCCAUCAUAAAAUGUUUCUUGUGUGACACAUUGGUCAUGAGACACCUUUUUACAGGCCAUCAUUUGGGACUGAACCAAUAAAUAUUAAUUUCCACUGACAAGGGGCAGGAUUGCUUUCUAAUUACUGAUAGAUUUCAGCUGGUGUCUUGGCUUUCCAUGCCUUU